AUGGAAAGACAACAACAAAUACAGCUAGAGGAGGAGAUCAAACAAAAACAACUUGCAAACGAACAACUUCAACAAUCUUUGCAAAAUUUUGAGCAACUCCAACAACAACAGCAGCAACUCCAACAACAACAGCAGCAGCAGCAACAACCACCACCACAACAAAAGGAAAAUAAAAAGGAAAAAUGGUACAAAAAAUUAAAAUUCUAA